UGCCAGAUAAUGGCGGUUCUGAUUUCAAAUGUCAUUAUGUGAUUACACUAUGCUUUUCUUUUUUGAGAGUAGUGGGAUUAGAGGAUAAGAAAUUGAAUGCAUCCCUAAUACAGUACUAUGAGUACUGACAAGAAACAUGUUAAAAAGAUAGUAAUAAAUAAAUUAAAAAAAAGAAAAAGAAAAAGGAAAGAAAGGGGUAAUUUUAAAUGGUGGGUGCAUGAAAGUGAGAUUUAGGCUUGUGACUUUUUCCCAUUUUCGGGCAACAUAAAAUGCUUCAAACACAUGAUCAUGGUCAGUCUCUUUAUAUAUAUAUACAAGUUCAGUUUCUUGUAUAUUUUCAUUCACAAUUUAGUCACUUCCUUGCUUGUUUUGUGUAGCAUCCUUGCUUGCCACUUUCUUUUUUUCUUGUUAAGUUAUGCUAUAGUUUCUAUCAGUUUAGACACAUUUCCAUAUAUAUAUAUAUAUAUAUAAAUCAAAAUGUUGUCUGUUGGAUUAUUGUGUGUUGUAGCAGUAGUUACCAUUUGCAUUAGUCACUGGAUAUACAAAUGGAGGAAUCCCAAAUGCAAUGGAGUGCUUCCACCAGGUUCAAUGGGCCUCCCUGUUAUUGGGGAGGCUCUUCACUUAAUCAUUCCCAGUUACUCUCUGGAUUUGCCACCUUUCUUAAAACAUAGACUCAUAAGAUACGGGGAAAUUUUUCGAACAAAUGUGGCAGGUCGUGCUGUUAUUGUAUCAGCUGACCCUGAAUUCAACUACUUUCUCCUUCAGCAACACGGAAAGUUGGUUGAAUCAUGGUCUAUGGACACAUUUGCAAAAAUUUUCGGACAAGACUCUAGGGUUAAUCGUGCUGAUGUUCGUAAUUAUACAAGAAACUUGGCCUUGAAUCACUUUAGUGCAGAAGCCAUCAGAGAGAAGCAGCUUCUUCCUCAGCUUGAUGAAGUGGUUCGAAAAACUCUUCGUGCUUGGUCGAGACAGGACUCUGUUGAAAUGAAAAGCGUGGCUGCAGAAAUGGUUCUAGACUUUGGAGCAAAGCAGCUAUUUAGCUAUGAACCCGAAGAGUCACCUGUGAAGCUAAGUGACUUGUUCAGAGAUUUCGGACAAGGUCUAAUGUCCCUUCCCUUGGACAUCCCCGGCACUGCACACCAUAGAUGUUUGAAGAUUCACAAAAAGGUGUCAGAGAUGAUGGGGAAUGAGUUGAGAAGGAGGCUCAUGUCAACCGAGAGGCAUCAAGGAGACAUGCUUGAUCAUUUCAUUCGAGACAUGAACUCUGAGCAGUUCAUAACAGAGGAUUUCAUUGUUAAGCAUUUAUUCAAGUUUUUAUUCACCAUCUUUGAUUCGGUUUCAACAUCAAUAGCAUUAGCUUUAAAGUUACUUACAGAACACCCUUUUGUGUUAGAGGAAUUAACUGCUGAGCAUGAGGCGAUCCUCAAAAACAGAGAGAAUUCUGAUUCUCCAAUCACAUGGGAAGAAUAUAAAUCGAUGACAUUUACACUACAGGUAAUCAAUGAAACUCUUAGGUUGGCAAAUAUAUCACCGGGGUUGUUUCGAAAAGCAUUAAAAGAUAUCAAAAUAAAAGGAUACACAAUUCCUGAAGGAUGGGUAAUUUUGCUUGCUACUUCUGCUCUUCACCUGAACUCUGACAAAUUUGAGAAUCCACUCGAAUUCAACCCAAGGCGUUGGAAGGACCUUGAGUCAUCUGUUUUGGCUAAGAACUUCAUGCCAUUUGGAUCAGGCUUGAGACAAUGUGCAGGUUCAGAGUAUAGUACGGUGUUUAUUGCCACCUUUCUCCAUGUCUUGGUCACAAAAUACAGAUGGACAAAAAUCAACGGAUGUGAGGUUACGCGAUCUCCUAUUAUAAGAUUUCCAAACGGAUUUCACUUCAAAGUCUCUGAAGAGAAUACAUAGUUGAAGGCUUCUCUAUUUUCAGUUCUUGGAAUCCUUUGAAUAAUUCCUUACAAAAGAAAAAUUGAAGAGUUGGCUAUUUUCAGUUCUUAGAAUUCCUUUGAAAGGAGAAAUGAUGGGAGGAUUUCCAAGCUAUUUUAGGGGCUUUGGUGGUUGUUGUUGUUAUUGUUUCUGUAAAUGUAGCAUCUUGGUGGACAUGUCAGACAAAUGUAUUGUUGAGAAUAAAAUCUUUAUGAGUAA